GCUGCACAACCCGCAAGACAUUCACCAAACUGUUGCGCUAGCUCAAAUGGCUCUCAAAAAUGGAACAACCAAAAUGGAACCUCUAAAUGCACAGCAGCAGCCAAAGCAGAGCCCCGAAUCUCAUUCAGUCAUUCUAGUCACAGCUGGCUAUGACAACACAAUUCGAUUUUGGGAAGCUCUUAGCGGAAUCUGCUCCCGAACAAUACAGCACCCUAAUUCUCAAGUGAAUAGAUUGUGCAUAUCACCGGACAAGCGGUAUUUGGCAGCAGCAGGCAAUCAUGCUGUUCGGCUAUACGACAUCAAUAGCAGUAAUCCGAAACCUAUAACCCAAUUUGGCGACCAUACUGGCAACAUCACAGCCACAGGUUUCCAUGCCGAGUGUCGGUGGACGUUCACCGGUGGUGAGGAUGGACAUUUGAAAAUAUGGGAUACCCGGGGACCGGUCAUUACACGUCAAUUCGACCAUGAAUCACCUAUAAACGACGUGGUCAUCCACCCCAACCAAGGCGAAUUAAUUUCUUGUGACCAAAAUGGAAGUGUUCGGAUAUGGGAUUUGAGCGCUAAUGCAUGUACACAUGAGCUGGUACCGGAAGAAGAAGUACCACUGCGAUCUGUGACUGUUGCCUCUGAUGGGUCAAUGCUCGUUGCUGCUAAUAACAAGGGGAACUGUUAUGUCUGGCAACUACCAAAAGGAAACGAAUCUUCAGACCUCAAGCCUAUAACUAAACUCAACGCUCAUAAUGAAUAUAUUACCAGAUGUCUUUUGAGCCCAGAUACAAAGCACCUCGCAACAUGUUCAGCCGACAAAACAGUCAAGAUUUGGAACACGGAAAAUGGCAAGUUUACUCUGGAAAAGACGUUGGUGGGGCAUCAGCGAUGGGUUUGGGAUUGUGCAUUCUCUGCCGAUUCUGCAUAUCUUGUGACAGCUUCGUCGGAUCACACGGCAAGAUUGUGGGAGUUGUCGCAAGGAGAAACUAUCCGUCAAUAUAACGGGCACCAUAAAGCUGCUGUUUGUGUUGCAUUAAACGAUCUUUCAAUGUAUUAAUAAUAACAGAAUUUUUGCAAAUAAUGUUCCAUUUUCUCAGUAA